GAAGCGCCUCCUGGGUGGGAGUCCAGGGAAAGGGAUCCGGCGAGGGCCUCGGCCGAAGAAGCUCCGUCCGGGUUGGAGCCCAGGGAAGGCGAUCCCACCAGCGGGACGGGGCGAAGAAGCUCCUCCUGGGUGGGAGACGAAGAAAGGGGAUAAGAUGAGCGGCCCGGCCGAAGAAGAAGUUCCUCCAGGUUGGGAGAGGAGGGUAGGGGAUCCGACGACCAGCUCCGCCGAAGAAGCUCCUCCUGGGUGGGAGACGAGGGAGAGGGAUUCGAUGAGCAGCCCGGCCGAAGAUGUUCCUCCUGGAUGGGAGAGGAGGAAAAGGGAUCCGAGAAGCAGCCCGGCCGAAGAAGCUCCUCCUGCGUGGGAGGCGAAGGAGAGGGAUCCGACGAGCAGUCCGUCCGAAGUUCCUCCGGGAUGGGAGACAAGGGAAAUGGAUCAGAGUAGCUGCCUGGCCGAAGAUGUUCCUCCUGGGUGGGAGACGAGGAAACGGGAUCCGACAAGCAGCCCGGCCGAAGAUGUUCCUCCUGGUUGGGAGAGGAGGGAAGGGGACCCGACGAGCAGCCCGGCCAAAGAAGAUGUUCCUCCUGGUUGGGAGAGGAGGGAAGUGGAUUUGACGAGCGGCCCGGCCGACGAAGAUGUUCCUCCUGGUUGGGAGAGGAGGGAAGGGGAUUCGACGAGCGGCCCGGCCGACGAAGAUGUUCCUCCUGGUUGGGAGAGGAGGGAAGGGGAUUCGACGAGCGGCCCGGCCGAAGGAGAUGUUCCUCCUGGUUGGGAGAGGAGGGAAGGGGCAAUGACGAGUGGCCCGGCCGAAGAACCUCCUCAAGGGUGGGAGAGAAGGGGAAGGGACCUGACGAACGGCCCGGAUGAAGAAGUUCCGCCCGCGUGGGAACCUUCAGCUCCGCUGCAAUCACAACCUCCUGCACUCCUUUCACCAGCUCAAACUACAGAAAUGGGUCAGAUGGUCUGUGGUGGUUGUCGCCAACUGCUGUCUUAUCCUCGGAAUGCAAGUUAUGUCCAGUGUGCUUCCUGUCAGACAGUUAAUCUUGUACUUGAAGCUCAUCAGGUUGGCAAUGUGAAAUGCGGGAGAUGUUCUGUUCUAUUGAUGUACCCCUAUGGAGCUCCAUCUGUGAGAUGUUCUUCAUGCUGCUUCAUUACUAAAAUUGGAGAGCAUAAUGUUCGGCCCCCACUCUCUGUGCAGCAAGGCCAACCACCCACCGGAAAUCCUGUAUGUUAAAACAAUCUCCUGCGCAUACCUCUUGAUCCUAAUCAGAAUCAGUAUACUUCAUGUGAUACAGUUAAUUAUUUAUUUGGAAAGCUAUUAACAUACAUGUCUAUCAAGUGAGAGCUCUGUAUUAUUGUCGUUAUAAUGACGUGAUUAUGUAA